AUGGCUCCGGAUCAUUUCAACGAGCCAUUUCCUACCAAGCAGCUCAUUAUCAUAGGCAUCUGUCGAUUCUCCGAACCUAUAGCAUUCAAUUCCAUUCUCGCCUACAGCUAUGUUAUGGUUCAGGACCUGGGCAUUCCCGAGAAGGACGCCUCCUUCUACUCGGGCCUGCUCAUCUCCGCCUAUGCUGUCGCUGAGGCUUUGACUGCACUGGGAUGGGGAGCCAUCUCCGACGUCUACGGUCGCAAGCCAGUAGCCUUGCUUGGGUUGGGCGGUGUUGCGCUCUCGAGCUUGUUGUUCGGGCUGGCUGGCAACUACUGGGUUGCUCUGUUGGCAAGACUUGUAGGAGGGGCUCUGAAUGGGAAUGUAGCCAUCAUGCAGACGAUGGUUGCAGAAGUCGUCAAAAACCCUGCCCAUGAGCCACGCGCCUACGCAACGCAGCCCUUCGUUUGGACUCUCGGAGGUAUCAUCGGCUCUGCCAUGGGAGGUUUCCUGGCCAAGCCAGCAACCUUCUAUCCGCACCUCUUCUCCCAGGACGGUUUGUUUGGCCGCUAUCCUUACCUCCUUCCCAAUCUCGUCGCCGCCGUCGCCAUCCUUCUCGCCAUCAUCCAGGGUAUCAUCUUCCUGGAGGAGACGAACCCCGCCCUUAUUGCGCAAGAAGACGACAGUACCAUCGAUGAACACACGCCUUUGAACCGAGCUCGUCCCCGAGACCGCCGCCUCUCUUCUCUGUCUCGGGCCUCGUUCCGCGACCGGUCCAACAGUGUUCUAGCUGCCAUACGAGAAGUCCGGAAACGCCCUUCAUUCCUGGAAGAAUCCCUCCCUUUGCCAAUAGAACAGCGUUUCGAUCUUCGCCGCGCCUCCUUUGGGACAAUGCAUUCUAUCAGUCUCCCACCGCCAACCCAUGUCAUCCCACCUCGGCCUACAGCUGCACCAAAAAGAACCUUCAACUACACCGUAAUCAUGGUAACCCUCUCCCUGGUCAUCAUCUGCUACCACCAAAUGGCCUUCGUCUCCGUCAUCCCCGUCUUCAUCCUCGACGAGCCUCACACCGCCUUCGGCCAACUCGACCUCCACGGCGGCCUUGGCGGCUCCCUCCACGAGGUAGGGACCUACCUCGCCGUCAACGGUGUCCUCGCUCUCUUCAUCCAGGCCUUCGUUUUCCCACCAUUCGUCGAAGCCGUAGGGGUGUGGAAAUCCUUCGUAGCCAUGAUCCUCCUGUAUCCGACCUGCUACCUCAUCCCGCCCUUCAUCACCGUAUUCCCGGAAUGGGCAGUCGGCCCUGGGGUCUAUCUUACAUUCAUCUUGCAGGACAUCUACGGGAUUAUAGUGUUCCCAUGUGCUCUCAUUCUGCUGAAGAACGCGACGCCAAGCCCGCUGGUCCUGGGUCGCGUCAAUGGCAUGGCCAUGAGUGCGUGUUGUCUUGCUCGCACCGUUUCGUCGCCGCUUGUGGGACUGGUGUACUCCCUGGGGGGAAGCGCGGUUGCGUGGUGGAGUCUUGCCGGGGCGGCGGUUGUCGGCGCCGUGCAACUAUGCUGGGUGCCGAGAGAGGGGGUGGAGAAGGUCUUGGUCAAGAGUGUCAUUGGCAAGGUUGCAGAUGAGGGUGCCGGGGGAAGAAGGCGAAGGGAGAGGCUGGGGCUGGAGGAGGAUGAGGUGCAGAGUGAGGUGUUCGAUGAUUGA